UUGCUUUGGUUGCCCUGUGCAACAAUUGUUUUGUUAUGCUUUGUUAUAUUAAUAAGGGUGUUAUGGAAUUUUAGUUCAGUUGUGUUUUGGAUUCGAAUAUGAAAGUAAACGAAGUGUCUUCUAUAUGAAUUGGCCUACGGAAUUAAGAGAAUAUAACAUUGGCGACGAGGAUAAAACCAUAAUAACAUAGCAUAUGUUAUGAAGGAUGGCUUUCAGUCUAAAUCUACACCCACUUCCUGAAUUUGAUCCAGAUAUUGAAGUUGGUGCUAGUCUUUCUACGAGAUGGCGACAAUGGCUUCGUGAUUUCGACACAUAUAUUCUUGCCAGUGGUAUAAGAGAUCUUGGACGCAAACGAGCCAUUUUACUUCAUCAAGCAGGUUCCCGAGUUCGCGAAAUUUUCAGCCAGAUUCCUGAUACAGGCGCUGCCGCUGAUUAUGAACUGGCUCGUGAUAAACUCACUGCAUAUUUCGAGCCUCAAACAAACCGUCGGUAUGAAGUGUACAAGUUUCGCCAAACUCGCCAGGAACAAGGGGAGACCUUAGAUCAUUUUCACACACGGCUCCGACAUCUUUCUGUCAAUUGUACCUUUACGGAUACCGACUUCGAAAUCGAGGAACAAAUAAUUGUUGGAGGCAUUUCUAACAAAAUUAGAAGAAAAGCGUUACGUGACCCAGACUAUUCGCUAAAAGAUAUGUUACUUGAUGGCAGAAGGGAUGAAAUGAGCGAAUUCCAAGCGAAGGAAAUUGAGUCAAAAGAAGACAUGCAACAAUACACUCAUCGGUUUACGGCUUCAAACAAGGCAGGUAAACAAAAAUUGACUGUACCCCCGAAAUGUGGAAGCUGUGGUGGUGCACGACACCCAAAGGAUCAAUGCCCAGCGUAUGGCAAAACAUGCCAUAAAUGUGCAAAAUCGAAUCAUUUUGCAGCUGUAUGUCGGAGUGCAGCUCAGGACAAGAGACCGAAAUCCGGUAGGCCAAACAAACCUCAACGUUUCUCAGUCAAGCCAUUGAAUUAUUCGACACAGUCUAGCGACGAGGAAUACGUUUACACAAUACAACAGAAAUCCACAGGGUGUCCUACAACAACAAUUUCUAUUGCGGGAAAGCCAAUAUCAAUAAUGAUUGAUACCGGCGCCUCCAUCAACGUGUUGGACAACACAGCCUUUCAACAAUUAGAGGGAAUUGAAUUACGUCCAACCAAGGUCAAGGCAUUUGCCUUCAGUUCAAAACAGCCCGUCUGUUUCAAAGGAAAAUUUGAAGCUCUUGUCGAAACAAAGCAAAAAUAUUGUGUCUCAACAUUCUACGUUGUGAGCAGCAAAGAUUCAGGAUGUCUGCUAUCCAUGGCUACCGCACAGGAGUUAGGACUUAUCAGCUUGAAUCUAAGUGCAAUUAAGCCCGUUGAUGUAACAGAUGAGAAACUUUCAACUUUGCUGGAUAAAUAUCGUGAUGUAUUCAAAGGUUUAGGAAAACUCAGAGACACUGAAGUGCAGCUCAACAUUAAUCAAGAGGUUAUACCAAAGGCUCAACCCCCAAGGAGAAUCCCAUUUCACAUUCGUCAGAAAGUACAGGACGCUGUGAAGGAGCUUCAAAGACAGGAUAUCAUAGAGCCAGUACCUGAAAAUCAGCCAACACCAUGGGUCUCACCCAUC